AUGGAAAAGAAGCAAUUCAACAAGGAUGGAGGCUCAGAGAAAAUGUACUCUAAAGAUCCAGGUUCAGACACAAGAAGCUCCAAGGAUUUUAGUGUGGAGAAAAAAGCCACCAACUUUACCUUGACCCUUAAAUCAGCUGUUCUGAUCCAGCGGUGGUAUCGGCGCUUUAGAGCCCGGCUUGAAAUGCGGCGGAGAUGCACCUGGCGCAUCUUUCAAUCCAUUGAGUAUGCAGGAGAACAGGACCAUAUGAAGCUCAACCAUUUCUUUGACUAUCUUAUAGAGAACGUCAUGCCAAGUAACAAGAAAGACAGGAAGUUCAUUGACCAUAUACUGUCAGAGACAGAAAUUACAAAAGAAAGACUGGAAACAAUGGAGUCUACGAUGGUACCAGACAGUUACAAAGGCCCUCGUCUUAGCUUCCCUCUCACCCCGGAUGAUGCAGUAACCAUCCUGGAAGCCUUCAGAAAUAAUCAGCAGCUUCAUCCUUACUACGUUCUAAAACUCUUCCAAGAGACAGAACAGCAUCUCAGCCAGCUGCCAAAUAUCACCAGCAUCUCUACCUGCUACAGCGAGGAGAUCACUGUGUGUGGAGACUUACACGGGCAAAUAUUUGACUUAUUUCACAUAUUUUAUAAGAAUGGACUUCCUUCUCCACAGAAGUCUUAUGUCUUCAAUGGUGACUUUGUUGACAGAGGCAAGCAUUCCAUUGAGAUCCUGAUCAUUCUCUUUGUUCUCCUCUUGAUUUACCCCAAAGAGGUCCACCUGAACCGAGGAAACCAUGAGGAUUACAUGAUCAAUUUCCGCUACGGGUUUACCAAGGAAAUCACACACAAAUACAAGGAUCAUGCCAAUAGAAUUCUGAAGGCCCUUAAGAAGGUCUUUAGCAGCCUGCCAUUGGCCACCCUGGUUGACAAGAAAGUCCUGAUUGUACAUGGAGGAGUGUCAGAUAAGACCAGUUUGGAACAGCUAGCCAAGAUUGAGAGAUGUAAGAUUCUCUCUGUGCUAGCACCAAAGAGAAAAAAGACCAUGAAUUCUAUUGAAACUGAAGGUGGCAAACCUGCCAAGGAUACUUCUAGAACCAAGUUUGAUCUCUCCCAACGGGGACAGCAGGCAGUCCAGGAAGAGUUGAAAUCCUCCCGUAAGUCAUCUGAAAUCAGAAGAUACUCAGGAAGCACUUCAGCAUUGGAAUCGAAUGAGAUCUCCAGUGACUACACAACCUUUGAAGAUGAGGACGUUCAACAGAUUUUGGAUAUUUUGUGGAGUGACCCUGAUCCUAAAGAUGGAUGCAGAAUGAAUGAAGAAAGGGGCGGAGGCUGUUACUUUGGACCUGAUGUGACAGAGAUGUUUCUGCACAAACACAACCUGCAGUUCAUCAUCCGCUCUCAUGAAUGUAAGCCAGAGGGUUAUGAGUUCUGCCACAAUCGCAAGGUCAUAACCAUAUUUUCAGCUUCAAACUAUUAUGCAACGGGCAGCAACCGGGGUGCCUACAUCAAACUGGGACCUGACCUCAUCCCUCAUUUUGUCCAGUUUCAAGCCACCAAAGGAGUAUCACGUCAACUGACCAUGAUUCAAAGGAUCAGCCGAGUGGAGGAGUCAGCCUACCAAAUUUUAAGGGAGAAAUUGUUUGCAUACAGAUCAGAACUCACCGUAGCUUUCAAGAGGUUUGAUAAGAAGAACACAGGCUUCAUCACUCUAAAUGACUGGGCAAAAGCUAUAGAGUCUGUCCUCCACCUUGGACUGCCGUGGCGGAUGCUGAGCUCACAUCUGGUAUUGCAACAGACCUGUGGGAAGCUGGAAUACAGGACGUGGCUCAAAGACAUUGUGACGGAAGAGCGGUCUUCCACCCAAGAGCGCCUUCAGUCAAGUUUGCUGGAAAGCAUUUACCGAAACUUACCCAAUCUGGAGACUAUCUUCAGCAUCAUCGACUCUGAUAAUUCAGGAUUUAUUUCUCUUGAAGAGUUCCAUCAAACCUGGAAGCUGUUCAGUUCCCAUAUGAAUAUUGCUAUCUCAGAUGAAAACAUCAAUGAUUUGGCCCGUAGCAUUGAUUUCAAUAAGGAUGGGAAAAUCGACUUCAAUGAAUUCAUUGAGGCGUUCCGCCUAGUUAGACAACCACCUUCCUCAUGAAAAUCAAAGUCAUGUGGGCUGGGCUGGUGGGUAGAGUCCACUGUCUCAAAUGCCAAACAUUCAGGGUUGCUACUUCUGUACUCAUCUUUUACUCUAAGAUGUGCCUCUGAACUAACUCCAAAGGGUGAAUUAUUUACUGCUACAAAUGGAGCAAUGUUUACUUUUCUUGAAUUCAACAGCAGAAGAAACUGGAUAUCUUCCUUCUCAUCUUAACUUUCAAGCAUUGAAGCUUUUUAAUAAAGUGCUGGAGAAAAUGGAAACAUUUCAGAUAAA